AUGUGGCGCAAGCCAGUGAUUGUAUGUUGCUUUUUGAUCGGGUUGGCCAUACUUUGUGUUGCUCCCCCUGUCAAGAAGGAGAAGAAAGUGAAAGCUGAGACUGAAGGUGAAGAAAAGGGCGAUCCAGAAUACGCUCGUUAUCUAAAGCAGGUUAUUGAAAUUUUAGAGAAUGACGAUGACUAUGUAAAAAAAUUACUAAACGCCUCUGAGGAGGAAUUAAGAACUGGACAAGUUGCCGAUGAUUUGGAUCUCGUGAAGCACGAUGUGAGGACAAAGCUCGAUGAACUGAAACGACAGGAAGUCGAGAGGCAGCGAAUGAUUCGUCGACAAAUGAACGAUCAUUUAAAUGGGCUCAAGGAAAGAGAGUAUUGGAAUCCUUUAUUUGAUGAUGAAAAUCCCAACUUCUUUGGACCUGAAGAUUUCAAGAAGCUUUUAUGGAAGGUAGGUUUUGGUAACAUACAUUGUAUAACAGGACUCUUACCUAAAAGUAGCAAAAAAAUUAAAACGGUUAUGUAGAAAGCUGGAUCAAUAAAAUUAGUGAAAGCUAUUGCAAAUUUUUCGAACAAAAGGUCUUGAGAAAACACAAGUCUGUAGAAUUCCCGUGCCUGAGCAAAUACAUUAAAACUAAACGUAUCAAGGUAAGUGAGGAAAUUUCUUUCCUAUCCCUCAUUUUUUGUCAGCCUCUUUGAGGAGGGAAAAAAAAAUUUCAGUGGGUUGUGACAAAUACAGUAGAACCCCGGUAACUCAAACUCUAAAGGGAAACAAAAAACAGUUUGAGUUAGUGGGGAAUUCGAGUUAUCCAAGUUUGAGAUAUAAAGUUUCUACUGUAGGGGGGAUUGGCGUUACAGUCAAGGCAGGUCAAGCUUACCCCAUAAGAUUCUAUUAAUGAAUUGAUUAUUUGAAAAAUGAAUCCGUUAGUCGUUCCGGUAACUAGUGUUAAAUUCAAAUCGGCAUUCCUGCAUGCGUACUGAGCAGUGAAUAUUUUACAAGAACUUCUCUGUAUUUGGUCAGAUUGAAAAUCUUUAAAUGGGUUAAAUUUCAUAGAAGACAUUUACAUCAAAUUCAGGGAAAAUUAGCUGGUAGAAAUUUCGUAACUGAAUCGCGUGUGAAUUCACAGCUCAUUACGCAUGCAAGAAUGUAUACAUGAAUCUGAAAUCUACAAAUACCAACAGAUUCAACUUUCGAAUAAUAAAUUCAUUAAUAUAAUCUUGGGGGGUUUGCUUGACUUGGGUUGACUGUAAAACAGAAGGUCCACAGCUAAGCUGUUCAUUGUUAUUAGAGAGCUUAAGCAGCAAACGUUUUUGAGGUCACAGACAUCAGGAAGGUUGUGCCUGGUCUGGAUCGAGUAUGGUGUUUGUGGCGCGAAAAGCGAAGAUUAAGCAAUGAUUGGUUUUUGACAUAACGUGAGUUAUGGACGUCUUGUUGUCUUGUCGAGUUAUGGACGUUUUGUCUGUGAAAUGUCUUCACUCAUGACAUAGCAUUUCGAAUUUCAGAAAGAUCUUUGUCGCUGAAGGGCUGAAGGGGACUCGUACAUUUUAUUUGCCCCAUUCUCACGUGAACAUUUCAUCUUUCACAUUUAUUCGCCAAGCUUGAAAUGCCACCGGGUACUAUUUGAUUGUGUAAACCAGUGUGUUGUGUAUCAAACAAAAAUUACCAUACAUGAUAGUGAAGUUUAGCAGUCGAUUUUAUUUGCAGUUUCAUGAACCACAAAUGAGAUUUAGUUUGCUAUUCAUUUUCAAAGUUGAUUGCGCCUAAUAUCACAGGGCUCUCGCUAGAAAAUUUGUUCAGGAUAUAUAUGACCAACCCGAUGCACAAAAAUAUGCUGUCAUAACAUUUUCGUUUAAGCCUUUAAUAUUUUUCAUUGUAAGCAAAACAACAAUUCAUGCAGUCAAAAUUAACGGCCGUUAAAAGUUACAAGAAGAUAGAGAAGAUACGUGUUCACUUGAUAAUGAUUCACAUGGACAAGAAAUUGAGUAAAUCUUACAUAAAUCCCGUAAAUUUUGCCAUCUUCCAGUUCUGCAGCCAGCUAGAGCUAACUGGGUCAUGCAACCGGUUGAGUCCAAAUUAGAAUCAGAGACUGUUUAGCUGAUGUUUACAUCUCUGAAAAACCUGAAUGAAUAGCAGAAGAAUUUUCCUUGGUUUUAGGCCAACAAUUUAACCACAAUAUCUUAAAUUACCAAAUAAUUCUCACCCAAACGCGAACUUUUGAGUACUAAAAUCUCACGUUCUAUCUUGAACUUCAAAAGUGGCGUUCUGGGGUCUGCAACCUGACCUCAUGGACAUAAACACAUGUGCAGUAUACUCACACUGGCGCGAGUGACUUUCGGUAAGCGUUUGUGACCUUAAAAACGUCUGCUGCUUGAGCUCUCUAUUGUUUAAAUGUGCCCUUGUUUGAAGAAAAACUGCAACCCACUAAUAGGCUUUUGAGUAGCAUUGAAGGGGGUUGAUGGAAGGGAACACAGAGCACUAGCAGAGAUGAGAGGAAGGACAAAUGGCCUCCUUUCACCUCAGUGUUCCUCAGUGAUGGAUUAAAUGACCCUCUGAAAAGCGAUCACAAGCAAGUGAGGAGGAGAUGGCCAUAGUACUGAUGUUUUUUGUAGGCACCAUUCUAAGUUCACCAAAUCUGAUUUUGUAAGCAGGGAGAGCUCUUGCUUUACAUCACUAUAGUGCAACACUAUCUUAUGAGUACCUUGUACACUGUAAAUGUGGCACAAAAAGUGACUUGGAUGGGGUAAUUGGUUUCAAGGUAGACUGUAAUGCAGCAAAGAGGCAGUGGUACAUCUCCAGACUCCAAAUAUAUCCAAAUAAAACAUUUGAAAGGAAGCCAUCCUGCUUUUGAAGGCUGAAAUGGUCUGGCUGUGGUUGUUCAAAUGUUGGAUAGCGCUAGCGCUAUCCAGCGGAUAAGUGUUAGGGAAAUCAAUUGUGUUAUCCCCUGGAUAGAGAUUUAUCCAGUGGAUAGUGUUAUCCACCUUUUGAACAUCUGGGCCCUGCUGAAUAACAUAUUUUUAUAUACAAUAUUAUAAAUUAAUGUUACUAAUUGCAGCACCAUGAAGAAAUGGAUAAGCAAGAUAAAGAACGCAGAGAUGAGUUCAAAAAGCAUGAAAUGGAGAAGGAACAUAAAAGACGAGAACAUCUGAAAGACCUUGAUGAAAAGGCACGCCAAGAAGAAGAGUUGAGAUAUAAAACAUUACAAGAGAAGCAUCAUAAUGCAUCCAAGAACCUUCAUCAUCCUGUAAGAUUAUUCUUUUUUCCAUUUUUUACUGUAUCUUUUAAAUUUAUAUUUGAAAUACCUUUGUGGUUACUAAUAUGAAUUUAGAUCAAACUACUGUCUCUUGCACAACAUUUAAAAUAAUAGUGAGCUUACGCAACAGGACAACAGGAAAAAAAGGACAGAAAAACAUUUCUGGUUGGCAAAUAUGACCGGGCUUUUACUUGUGUGUAAAACAAGAGGAUAGGAUAUAUUCUAUACACAGAAAAGCUGCAAGCUUUGAAGAAGGGUGGACUGAAUGUGAUGGCUUUGUUGCUGUCUCAGCAUGAAGAGCAGAAUAACUGUUUCUAAACUUUAUUGAAUGAGGAGGUUUAAUCUUAAUGGCAAGAAUAGCCAGAAAGGUUUAACUGCAGUUUUUGUUACUGUUACCUAUUGGCAAGGACAUUUACCACAAAAUUGCAUUCAAGUUUUCCUUCCCCUUAGCCAAUUUAUCAGGGUGUAACUGCAAAGCUGAAAGUGAUCAAGACUCCAAGUAACCCCAGCCCAAGUUAUUUUUGCCCAAGGGGUACUCUGGGAAUAAGGUCCAGCUAACUGCACUUAAUAAGAGAGUAGAAGGUCUAGAAGUGAACACCAAGCAUGGCCAUCUCAACAUUCAAUAAAUUGACUUCUAUGAUUUUCCCUUGCUUGCAGGGAAGUAAGGCUCAGUUGGAGCAAGUUUGGGAAGAAACCGAUGGCCUUGAAGCGAAGGAUUUUAAUCCAAAAACAUUUUUCAAAUUACAUGGUAUGUGCUAUGGUGUUUUCCAAUUCUUUUGUAGUGAAGUCUGCCAUUUUAAUUAGUAGUCCCAAAAACGAAUGAUACAUAUGUAUAAAAAAAUGCAAUUUUGUUAGUUAUUAAGCAUUUGUAGGAAUGUUUUGUGUCAAGUCUACAUAAUGUAGAUGGUGAGGAGAGAAUCUAAAUAUAGACUUCAAGGUUUUUAGAUAAAUGUAUACAGGGAAAACAUGCUUUGAAGAGGGUGUCCAGAGAGUGAUUCUGUGAAAUUGGUCCAAGUGGUACCCACAAAAAAUAGUAAAUUUGGCUGAAGAAGUAUUGAAUUAACAUUGCAUCCUCCUAUGGAACUAGUUUAAUAGAAAUGACUCCUCUAAAAGUCCAGCAAAGUGUGCAAAUAAUAAAGGAAGAUCCAUAAAGAACAACCUGAUACAUUCAAAUGACAUUAUAAUGUUCAUGAAUAUGACUUUCUUUUUCUGCAGAUGCAAAUGGUGAUAACUUCUUAGACACUUCGGAGCUAGAAUCUCUGUUUAUUAAAGAGGUAAGGACAGUAUUUUUUGUUGUUUUAAAACAAUGUUCAUUGUACCAUUUCAGCCCUAGUAGUAGCCAAAACCAAAAUUCUUGUUUGCUAAAUCUUGUUUUUUGAUGUGGCUUGUACUUCAGGUUGAUAAACUUUACAAUGAGAAAGAUGAAGACUAUGAUCCAAAAGAAAAGGAUGAGGAGAUCGCAAGAAUGAGAGAACAUGUGAUGACUGAGGUAAGUGAAAAUUUGAGUGGCUAUUGAGUACAUUUUUCAGAGAAACCAAACUUAAAUCAAAAAGGUCAAGAUGGUUUUGCAUCACUGGAUGGUUUGUAAGGGCCAAAAGAGCCAGUGAUUAAUAGUUGGAGUGUUGGCUGCUAUCUGUCUGUCAGCUCUUUUUUAAUCAGUGAUAGAUGUUGUGCAGUAAUUUUCUUUUGCCUGAUGAUGCGCUAAUUUCCUUCUGUAGAGCCAUGAAUGCUCACUAGAUAAUUCAUGGUUCCUUGUUUUUGCACUUCAUAACAGAGCUGUCAUUAAGACGUGGGGGCCAGGGAUUUCCCCCAGCUAGUAUGAAUGUGGCCCCCGGCUACUUUCAUUGGAAAAUAGAAGAAAAAUAGAACCAAAAGAAUCCCUAGCUGUUUCAUUCCCCACCUACUUGUUGUAUUUCCCCGGCAACUUGAAAUCUUAGUGACAUUCCUGUGACACUAUAUCUUCAGAAUUAUUUCUCUCAUCCAUCAUUUCUCUCUUUGAUUAUUGAAGCAUCAAUCCUCAUAUUAAGUUGUAAAGUUCAUUCUUGGUUUUACAGUGUAAGUGUGGCCUAAGGGCCAAAAGAGCCAAUGAUUAAUAACUAAAGAGUUGGAAGGCUGUAAGAGUGUUGUGGCUCCUAGAGUUUUCUUCUCUCCCUACAAACCAACAUUUCCAAAUUAAAGACUAAUCAAUCAGUGAUUUAAGAAUUGCUUCGUUGAUAUGUUAAGCAAUAGCCCAUGUAAUAAAGAGAAUAGUAAUUAUGAUAACGGUGAUGACUAUUAUUAUUGUUAAAUGGAUUGAAGUUGUUGCAAGUCCCUGUUUACAGACAAGGAGUGUUUAGUCAAUUUUUUUUUUAGUCUGGGGGCUGGAAAUCUCUAUUGUUGACUGGUUUAAUAACUACAGACUUGGACUAAAUGAAAGAUAGAUGCUGAUUUUCAUUACUACUGAACUUUGUAAUGCUGUAUUUCAGAUUGACAAAGAUAAAGAUGGUUUUGUGUCUCUUGAUGAAUUUUUGCGAGCCAGCGAUGGUGAUGAGUUUGAAAAGGAUGAGGGUUGGAAGAGUGUUGAAGAAGAACCUCCAUACACUGAUGAGGAUCUCGCAGAGUUUGAGAAACAGCUUGCUGAAGAAGAGGCCAAAAGAGGAGAAGCUGAAAAGCAUGCAGCAGAUACUGCUAAAAAUCUUGCUGGUGGCAUUGUGCAGGUUGGUAAUUUAUUACCCCAUAGCAGGUUUUUUUGUGGCCCAUAAUGCUAAGAAAACUGACUAAUCUCUUCCUGAGUGUGUUAUAUACCUUGUAUACCUUACAGGGCAUUGAAUCUAACAUUAAUGUACAUGGUGGCUUUCUGUAAUGUUUCAUCAAAGCAAAUUAUCAUUUGAAAGGCAAUUGAAUAGAAGCGACAUGAGAGGUUCUCAUUCUGCUUGAUAGCCAAUAUAAUAUUAGACACUGAGGGGUCUCGGGAAGGGGUAUUUUCUUUAUUAGUGGCAAAAUAGGCACUUUCUUUUCAUGUUUUUUCACAUUUGAAUACUGGCAAGUAUACUACCAUUAAAACAUGCUUUUUAAAACUUUUUUCUCACAAGCAGGCAGCUGAGGCAAUCAAUAAACAUGUUGAGGGAUUAGGACAGCAAGAACAAAAACAUGAUGAAACUCAACAACAGGAACAACAUACACCUUAAGGAGCUUUACUACAGAAAGAGAAAAUAGAGCAUGAAGGAAAUUCAAGAAACACGUUACUAAAAUGUAUACUCUCUGAGGCAGAUCUAGGAUUUUAAUGACUGCUGAAGUUGAAUUAUCUUGGUUGGUUUAGGCCCCGUCAACACAAAUCCAGUCAUUUUUGAAACCACAUAUUUUUUUAACGUGGAUUUGUGUGUAUGGGGCUUACAACCCCACUCCACAGAGUGGUUUCAUAAAGAUGCUGUUUUGUUGAGUGGAUUCACUAGUUUCCUGUGGAUGGAAAGGCUAAUUUGUGUAAAAAAUACGGGGUUUCAAAAACAUCUGGAUAUAUGAAGACAAGGCCUUAGAGGCAUGCUUCCCGACAAAAUUUUGAAAUUUUAGUCCCCAGAAAUGUAGUUUUCAACAUUUUGCCGGGGAAAUCACAGUCUUACAAAUGUAAUUCCUGAAAGUGAAUUUGCAUCUUUUUGUAAUGGUCACUUUUGCAAAAUGAGGCAUUUUUCAGACAUAAGCAAUUUUAUCGUAGGGUUUAAACCCAACAACCUCUUGAUUAGAUCUGCCAGAGACUCUUAUCAGUCUCAUCAAUGACUUUUUAGAUGAAUAUUGUGCCAUGUAAGCAAGUCACUCUUUUAAUCUAAUGCAAAUUUAAAACCUUGGUUUAACUGAACUCUUUUGUUACUCACAUUUUGUUGUUAGUUUGAAAAGAAGUGUAGGAGACAGGCUUAAAUGACAGUAGCAGUAAAAAUGCUGCACUUGUUUAGGUAGCCAAUUAAUUCAUUUUCAAGAACUUUGUAGCCCUGACAGGACAAACCAGGAAUAAAGUCUGUUCCUACAAACACUAUUAAUAAUUAUGUCAAUAAUUGAGAUGAAUGUAUUCUAGUAGGUCUAUCCCUGAGUUGCCUGAGUUCAAUUUGUUGAAUUUGAUAGGUCAUUUCUGAGUUCCAAAAACGACCACUUACAAAGCUAGGUUAAGUGCAAAACCUUUCUUCUGAAAAUGAGCUUGAUUUGCAUGAGACUAAAAAACAUGUUUAUAUCAAUGGCUUCGCAAUUGGUCUUGCUUUGAAACAGAGGCCUUGGGCAACACGGAAAUGGCCUAAUUUGGGUAAAAUAGAUCAGUGUGUUACCCUUUAGGUCCCAAGAGUGACUAACAUCAAUUUUCUCCCAACAAUAUUAAUACUUACUCAAGAGAAGAGGUUAUGAGAAUUAAUAAAAUGAUCACUCAAGGGAAAGUGCUUUGAUCUUUUAACAAAAUCUCCCAACUUAUUCUUUGAGAACUGUAGGGAGAUCAGUGUGGAGAAUUUUCAUGUGGAUAUUGGAGCUUAAAGGGUUAAGAUUGAGAGCUAACUAUACGGUGCAACUAGUUAUUAUGGACAGCAGCAAAUACAGGCAGUUUAUUCAAAGUGGAUAUGAACCCCCUACCUUUGUUGUAACGACAUCCCUGUAACACUUGUUAUCUUGUAGCUCCUUGCAGUUUAUAACUGCCCUAAAAAGACAACAACACUCCAGUAGAUUUGUUCCUCUAGAAACCCAAACUUAGCACCUGCAUAAUGCUUGCAUUCAACUUAAUCUGCACUUUUAAUGUGUCUGUUAUGAAAGUUAAUGCUUUGGGGGUUUGCACUUGAUUUUGUUAUAGACUUUUCAAUAGGUAGCUUUCUUUUGUACAGGGCCCUCUUUAAAUUAUUAGCACUUAUUAAUAAGAUGUCCUUGUACAAAAUGUGCCCAAUAUUUAAAAAAUAGAUGUGUACCUUAUGGAAGGAAACUAAUAUAAUGUGUACAAAAACCUUCAAAUAUUCUCUGUUAAUCAGCCAAGAGGCAACCGAAAAGUGUCUUCAAAGUACAGUACUUUUUGUCAUCUGCUAUAGUUCUUAUUUUAAACAAAACAAUACUAAUAUCAUGGAUUUCAAUCUCAGUUAUUUUUUUGAGCAAAGAUUUUCUUCGUUUUUAUCAGAGAAUUAACUUAAUAAAUGAAUAAAGACUUUUGAUUUGUAAAAGUAGCCAAGC